UUCGAUCCACUCCAUCUCCAUCUUCUCCCUUUCCAGCCAAAAUCUUUCUCACUGUCUUGCUACUUAGCUCGGGCUCUCCGCUUGCACUCCAUUCAGUAGAAAUUUCUCUGGUACUGAAACCUGACGCCACCUUCUCCCUCGCUUAUCCAUUCCUUCCAAAUCCUACUCCGAUACUGGCGCUCUAUCUGGCUGUCGUGCGGUCCGUAUUUAGCUAGCCCUGCGAUUUUCACCUUCUGAAUCUGUCAAAAAUGGCUGUACCUCUCUUCAACCUGGCGCCCGACCUACCUGUCUCAAGGCUCUGCUUGGGAACCAUGACUUUUGGCGAGCAAAACUCACUGCCUCAGUCCUUUCGCCUCCUCGACGAAGCCUUCGAUGCCGGAAUAAACUUCUUCGAUUCUGCAGAAAUGUAUCCAGUGCCUCAGCGUGCAGAUAGUCAGGGAAGGAGUGAGCAGUACCUUGGCCGUUGGAUUAGAGAGCGAAAUAUUUCUCGAAGCAAAAUCGUCUUCGCAACGAAGGUCAGUGGACCAUCUGGGCAGAUGACUUGGAUUCGUGGUGGCCCGAAGUGCUUGAAUACCAAGAAUAUAACUGAGGCAAUUGACGAUAGCUUAUUGAGAUUGCAAACUGAUUAUAUUGACCUUUAUCAGAUCCAUUGGCCUGAUCGCUAUGUACCCAUGUUUGGAGAGACUGAAUAUGAUCCAAUCCGAAAUCUUUGCUCUGUCAAUAUGGAGGAACAGCUUGAUGCUUUAGGCAGAGCUGUUGAUGCUGGCAAAAUCAGAUAUGUUGGAGUUAGCAAUGAAACUCCAUAUGGCAUUAUGAAGUUUCUUCAAGCUUCUGAACAUGGCACUGGUUAUCCAAGGAUAGUGUCUGUGCAGAAUUCAUACAGCUUGCUUUGUCGGAAUUUUGAUUUUGCAAUGGCUGAAUGCUGUCAUCAUGAGAGGAUCAGCUUAUUGGCCUACAGCCCUCUGGCAAUGGGCAUACUUUCUGGAAAGUAUUUUUCUCCUGAUGGGGGUCCAGCUGAUGCUCGGUUGAAUCUUUUUAAAGGGAAUUACUCAGAAGGGGAAUCCCGAUACAACCUGAGAAAUGCCAUUGUGAAAGCAGCUACCAAGGAAUACAUUUGCAUUGCAGAUAAGUAUGGGCUUCAUCCUGUAUCUCUUGCAAUUGCCUUUGUCUUGAGGCACCCUCUUGUUGGCAGUGCAGUUUUUGGAGCAACCAAGUCAUGGCAGCUCAGAGAAGUUAUCAAUGCAAGCAAAGUUGAACUCACGCCAGAAAUAAUAGAAGACAUUGACAAGGUUCACGCAAGGUUUCCAAACCCUUGUCCCUGAGAUCAAUAUUUAAUUUAUACUGCUUAGUUUCUCCCGCAGGGGGAGGUAGAAGGAUAUCCUGUCAUCUCUUGUAUGCUAAUAGUCACUGAAAUAGAUGUGCUAGUAGGUUAACGGUCCAGACAGGGCAGAUUCUUUUUUUAAUUGAAACAUGAGUCUGACAUAUGAUGGUGAUUGGUGAGGUGUUAACCAAGAGGAUCUUAACGCUUGGUGUACAUUUCAAUAAAAGUCAACACUAAGGUAGUGUUUGGGAGGUUA